GUGCUUUUAUUUCGAGCAUGGCGAUUUCAUACAAAAUGCAUAUUAUACUGGGUUUGCAAGUGAUAGUACUAAUAAAUCUAUCACAAUCAUUCGUGCUGUUAACAGCCAACAUGGAAGACGUUAGAAAACUAGCGAAAAAAUUCGUCUCUGAAUCUUUGGCUGAGCAGAUAGCUGAUUUUAUAGCAAAAGUCACAAGUACCUCUGGUAACACUGCAAACGUUUCAGAGGAGAACGAAGAAAACGCCAAUCUUUAUCACGAAAUAUCCAGCGAAGAUUUAUACAGAAGCAAUAAAGCAAAGCCAAGAUCUCCAAAUAAGGAAGAAGCGAAAAAGUCACCACCGAGCAGAACGCAGACCACGAAACAUGAAAGAAUGACCACAGAAAGAAGUCGUUGGCCUAACUAUAUAAACCAUAAUAAGAGGACAAAACAAACCAAAAGUAGACAGGGCAUAAUAAAACAUAGCCACAAUAGCUGGAAUAAACCAAGUAAACAUCGGCUAUCAGGAAAUGUUCUAGAUGAGAACAAUAAUAGAGAUGUCACUACAGAGCCAGAGAAAAAAGAAGAAGAUCAUCCAGAAAUGUCUAUUGAUAUAGAUCCUGCACCAAUAUCAGAAAAUGUGGAAGCUACUAUUAAACCCACUAAGCACCGUCGAAAACCCAAAAGAAAACCAGAAAAGGCAGCACAGUUGGUUAAUAACAUCCCUGAUUCGACUAUAGGAUACGCAGAGAAAUUUGAAUUUGAUGAAAACCCUAACCCUGGUCGACAUAAACUUUCACAAUUAGCUUCCGAAGAAAUUAAUGAAACUAACUCAAAUGAUGAUUUAACAAAGAAUUUUUAUGACACGUCAGCAAACCUUUCAAAAACUACUACAUUAAAGUACGAAGGUUUUAACAUUGGGAGGAGUGGGAGAGAAAUGACAACAGAGAAAGAGAAGAAUGAUUUUGAUCAGUACGACAACAAGAACUAUCCUAAAUCUGAAUUCGUAGCGACGAGUGGACCGGUGGUACUGCCAAAAGUACCUGCACAGUCGCAGUGGUGGGAGAAAGAAGUACUAGGUACAGGAAAAGGCAAAGAACAGAAGAGAAAAGCUUGGUUCUAAAGGUUAUAAAGUCGAUUCAGCAGAGAAAUUAACAAAUACAAUUACAUAGCAAACUUUAUCACGAUUGAUGUAUUAAAUAAAUAAACUAUGCUAUCACUCUCAA